ACAAUUUUAUAUGAAGUACUGGAGAAGAGUUACUUAAUUUUUUUGUAUUUUUUUGGUACAGUCACGAUCGAGAAUCCAAGGUGAAGGUAUAGAACUAUUACGUAGUUGUGACAACGAAGACAACAAGUGCAAGUGUCAAAAACUGCAGCAAAAAUGACUUCUAAUAGUAUGUGUGAUAUUAAAGAUGAUGUUAAGAAUGCUCUGAAAGAGUUUAGGUUUCGAAAAAGUCAAAAGAAUGCAGCCCUUUUAUUGAAAGUUGACAGAGAAAAACAAAAGAUCUGCGUCGAUAACCUAAUAGAGGAUAUUCAGAUAGAAGAACUUCAAGAAAUCAUUCCUGAACAUGAGCCAAGAUAUAUUGUAUACAGUUACAAAAUGGAACAUUCUGAUGGUAGAAUAUCAUAUCCCAUGUGUUUCAUAUUUUAUACUCCAAGAGACAUUCAAAUGGAACUCCAAGUACUUUAUGCAGGAAUGAAAUUAGUUUUGCAAAGAGAGGCUGGUCUGACUAGAGUUUAUGAAGUACGAGAGUUGGAUGAGCUAACAGAAGAAUGGUUAAAAGAAAAGUUAAGCAGGUAGAAUAUUGUGAGAUUUAUAGAAAAAACUUUUUGCUAUUAAUAUUUUUUGGUAUUUUAUUGCAUUUACAAAUACAUCAUGAAGUACUUAUACACUUUAUGAUAAU